CUUCACAUUGCGUCAUUGGCUGGCCAGCAGCCCAUUGUGGAAGCCUUGGUGGAGCACGGCGCCAAUGUCAACGUACAGUCACAGAGCGGCUUCACACCAUUGUACAUGGCGGCCCAGGAAAACCACGGCGAAGUGGUCAAGUACCUUCUAGCCCACAAUGCCAACCAGAACCUGGCUACGGAGGGCGGAUUUUUGCCGCUCGAGGUGGCUACCCAGCAGGGCCAUUAUAAAAUCGUGGAAACGCUUUUGCAACACCAAUCACGGCCCAAGUACCCUCCCAAGCAGGAGGAUGGCUACACACCCCUCGCUGUGGCCUUGCAACAAGGACAUGACAAAGUCGUCGCCGUCUUGCUGGAGAAUGACCGUGCGGGGAAGACCCGACUGCCCGCCCUGCACAUCUGCUCACGACGCGACGACACAAAGGCCGCCCUGCUCCUGCUGCAGAGCGGCCACAACCCAGACAUCACAUCAAAGAGUGGCUUCACGCCCCUGCACAUCGCGGCCCACUAUGGCCAUGUCAACGUGGCCACUCUGCUCCUCCAGCGCGGGGCAUCGGUGGACCACGCCGCCAGGAAUAACAUCACCCCCCUGCACGUGGCUGCCAAGUGGGGCCGAGUCAACAUGGUCAACACGCUGCUGGACCGAGGAGCCAGGAUUGACGCCAAGACUAGAGAUGGGCUGACACCGCUCCACUGUUCAGCCCGUAGCGGACAUGACCAAUGUGUGGAUCAACUCCUGGAGAGAGGAGCUCCCAUCUCUGCCAAGACAAAGAAUGGUCUAGCACCCCUGCACAUGGCAGCCCAAGGUGAUCACGUGGACAGUGCCCGUCUUCUGCUGUACCACAAGGCUCCCGUGGAUGACGUGACCGUGGACUACCUGACCCCACUGCAUGUGGCCGCUCACUGUGGUCACCACCGUGUGGCCAAACUGCUGCUUGACAGGAAGGCUAACCCCAGCGCCAGAGCUCUGAACGGAUUCACUCCCCUUCACAUUGCCUGCAAGAAGAACCGCGUCAAAGUGAUAGAGCUUCUACUGAAGUAUGGAGCAUCCAUCCAUGCCACCACCGAGUCUGGACUGACUCCGCUCCAUGUCGCAUCCUUCAUGGGUAACAUCAACAUUGUGGGCUACCUGAUCAACCAUGGUGCCAGUGUGGAUGAAACCAACGUGCGUGGUGAGACAGCCCUCCACCUGGCAGCCCGUGCCAACCAGAUCGACAUCAUCCGCGUCCUGCUGCGCAACGGCGCCAAGGUGGACGCCCGGGCCGCCGAAAACCAGACCCCGCUCCACAUCGCUGCCCGGCUGGGCAAUGUGGAGAUCGUGACGCUGCUGCUGGAGAACGGCGCAUCCCCUGACGCCCAGACCCGGGACCACUACACAGCACUGCACAUCGCUGCCCGAGAGGGAAAGGAGGACGUGGCCGCCGUGCUGCUGGACCAUGGGGCCUCCUUGUCCAUGCAGACCAAGAAAGAAUUCACUCCUCUCCACGUGGCUGCCAAGUAUGGACGACUGGGUGUGGCAUCGCUGCUGUUGAAACACUACGCUGCUCCUGAUGCUACAGCCCAGAAUGGCCUGACACCACUUCACAUCGCUGCUCACUAUGACAAUGUGGAGGUUGCUAUGCUGCUUUUGGACCAGGGUGCUUCGCCUCACACCGUGGCACAGAAUGGCUUCACUCCGCUGCACAUCGCCGCCAAGAAGAACCAGCUGGACGUGGCCACCACCUUGCUGGAGUACGGCGCCGAUCCCAACUGCAUGACCAAGCAGGGCAUCAGCCCCAUCCACCUGGCGGCCCAGGAGGGCCACACCGACAUGCUGUCCCUGCUGCUGGAGAGAGGCGCGAAGCCAGACAUCGCCGCCAAGAAUGGCCUAACACCCCUUCACCUGGCAGCCCAAGAGGACCAGCUGGACUGCGCCAAGGUCCUGGUCAAGAAUGGCUCCGGCAUCGACCCCCGCACCAAGGCCGGCUACACGCCUCUCCAUGUGGCCUGCCACUACGGCAACCUGAAGACGGCCGCCUACCUGCUGCAGAACGGAGCGGCUAUCCAAGCCAAGACCAAGCAUGGCCUGACCCCACUCCACCAGGCUUCACAGCAGGGUCACGUGGCCAUCAUCAACCUCCUGCUCACCAAGGGAGCUGACCCGAACGAGACGGCCAACAAUGGUUACACUGCUCUGGCCAUUGCCAAGCGUUUUGGCUACAUCUCCGUAGUCAACACCUUGACGACGGUCACUACGGUGGAAACGACCAUCGUCCAAUCGCCUACUGACGAGAAGCUGAAAGUCCAGGUCCCUGAGACCAUGGUCAUCUCCUUCAUGUCCGAUAACGAAGACGAAGAAUUAGGCAGCCCUGCUGAUGACAUCUCCAUGACAGGGGACAACUCCUUGUUGACCCCGCAAGAGAUCAAGACAAUGGGAGAUGACUCCAUGCCCAUCGCUAACCGCAAGUCAUGGGAAGAGGAGUGGAUGUCUGGAGAACCGAAUCUGAGGUACUACUCUGGCAGUGACUCCCUGUCAGGCCGUUACAGCACCCCGCAGUCAGGCAAGUAUCGCGGUGCCAUGCUUAGCCCACAGGGCUUUGACUCCCGCGCCAGCACCCUCAACCGCGACAUUCCGCUGAGCGAGGCAGAGGAGAGCUUUGUGGAUGGCGGCGAAGUCAUCUCCCGCACCACCGAGAUCACUGUGGAGUCGGCCGCCCCACUCAUGUCCUCAAGCCCUGCCAUGCGCCACACCCUGAACGUGACUACGCCCGAUGGCAAGCGGGUGUCGGUCGGGGACCCCUACAUUGACGAGGACGGCAAGCUGCUGGAGGGGAUGGUGUAUGGGCAGGAUGGGCGUCCCGUGUCGGCUGCCCUGAGUGACAACGCUCCACUGAGCAGCAUUCCCAUCUUUGCUGGGUUCCUGAUUAGUUUCAUGGUGGAUGCACGGGGUGGGACCAUGAAGAGCUGCCGUCUGCCCGGCCUGCGGGUGGUCAUCCCUCCCAAGCGGGCCUCGGGGCCCACCCGUGUCACCUGCCGCCUCAUUAAGAAGAGCAAGCUGACCACGCCCCCUCCACUCCUGGAGAAUGAAACCCUCGCCACGCGAGUGCUGGAGGUGGGUCCGUCCAACACGCAAUUCCUCGGUGGCCUUGGCAACAAACUCAUCCAUAGUCCGCCCCUUAACGAUGGCGAGCAGCUGGUCAACGGAAUCAUGGAGUUCGGGCCUCCUGCCGAAAAGUUUAUUGGUCCCGUUCUGAUCGAGGUGCCCCACUUUGCCUCGCUGCGGGGCAAGGAGCGUGAAAUCGUCAUCCUGCGCAGUGAGAAGGGAGACACCUGGAAGGAGCACUCGCUGGAUGCCAAGGACACGGAGGUCCACAAGGCCCUGGAAGGCUACGAGGGAGACGAUGACAACAACGUCAACUCGGACCGGCGCAUCUGCCGCAUCCUGACCAACGACUUCCCCCAGUACUUUGCCAUCAUCUCCCGCGUCAGGCAGGAGACCAACACCAUUGGCACCAGCGGUGGCAUGCUCAGCUCAACGGUGGUGCCCCAGGUCCAGGCCGUCUUCCCCGAGGGCACGCUGACGAAGAAGAUCAAAGUGGGCUUGCAGGCCCAGCCGGUCGGCAACGAGGUAGUCAAGAAAGUCCUGGGCAACCGUGUGAUGGUCAGCCCCAUUGUGACCAUUGAGCCCCGCCGCCGCAAGUUCCACAAGGCCAUCACCGUGACGAUCCCCAUCCCCAACAACCAGGGCAUCAUCAACGGCUACGGCGGGGACACACCCACACUGCGACUGCUCUGCAGUAUCACUGGGGGAACCGCACCGGCCCAGUGGGAAGAUAUCACUGGCACUACCCCACUCACGUUUGUGGACAACUGCGUCUCCUUCACGACUACAGUCUCUGCAAGGUUCUGGCUGAUGGACUGCAAGGAGAUUGACCAGGCCAGCAACUUUGCCCGGGAGCUGUAUCACGAGCUCAAGGCGGUGCCCUUCAUGGCUCGUUUUGCCAUUUACGCCAAGACACACGACCCCAUUGAGUCGCGCGUCCGUGUCUACUGCGUGACAGACGACCGAACCGACAAGACGCUGGAGCAGCAGGAACACUUCAAGGAGGUGGCCCGGAGCAAAGAUGUCGAGGUCUUAGAGAGUAAACCAAUUUACAUCGAGAUGGCUGGCAACCUGGUGCCUGUCCAGAAAUCCGGGGACCAGCUACACCUGGUCUUCUCCCCAUUCCAUGAGAACCGACUACCGUUCUUCGUCCGGGUGCGAGACUCGGCCACGGAGCCCUGCGGUCGGCUCUCCUUCAUGUCAGAGCCCAAGGUGACCCGGGGCAUGCCGCCACAGAAGGCGUUGUGCAACCUCAACAUUACCAUGCCUCCAUUUGUCAAGGUCAAACGGCCGAGCGAAAGCGAGUCGGAGAGUGAAAGCAGUGAGGAGGAAUACAGAAUGGAGAAAGGCGAGAGAGAACAGUAUUCCCAGCAGAAAGAGGGAAAAACCACCAUCACUCAGAUCUACUCUCUCACUCGCGUUGACGAGUACCCAAAGGAUGAAGCGGCUAGUAAUCUCAACUUUGCAUCAAUCAAACUACGCAAGAAGUACACCUUCCUUCAGGACCCGGCAAUGAGUCCGACCAGCGCCCAUGCCAGGGCCGAAAUCCGCCUGAUGCAGGUGGCCAAGGAGAUCGGCACCGACUGGCGGGCGCUGGGGCGCCAGCUUGGGGUCAGCGAGAAGGACCUGCAGGAGAUUGAGAAUGAAAACGACGAGAUUGAGGAGCAGGCCUUUGUCAUGUUGCACGCGUGGGCGGAGGACGCCAAGGAAAAUGCCACAACCGACAAACUCUCAGACGCGCUCCACGAAAUCGGCCGUGGUGACGUCGCCAACAAGUGUCUCGCAGACUACGCAGUCAUGGACGUCUCGAUAGAUCGUGAGGAGGACACAUCAGACUUCCUGCGGGACAUGGAGCGGGCCAUGUACGAGGCCAGCCUUAAGCACGACGAAGACAAACACAAGCCUGGAGUCACCAUUGACAUCACAGGGGAUGAUGGAGGAGCUUUCCGUGAAUUGCAGGACGAGAUUGAAGCAGACAAGGAUUUGGAUAGUUACAGUGGAAAAAUUGUGAAAGAAGUCCAUCGUACUGUAACAACCAGGACCGAAGUCCGCACAGAGAGACGGGUUCCCUCCGAUAUUGAGACUGCUGUGAAGGAACAGGCUAAGGACGAAGUGGCUGAAAGUUUGAUCAAGGAAUUGAAGGAGGAGGCUAUCGCUGCUGGAAUUCCAGAGGAUGCCGGAGCAGCAGAGCUGUAUGAGGAGAUGAAGGAGGAGAUUUUGGAGAAGCACGAGGAGGAGAGACGGGAGAUGCAGUUUGAGCCGACGGUGGACGUACUCGAGGAAAGUCAAGAAGAAGACGGACAGACUCCAACAGAAACCAAGGCCUUGCCUGGAGACGCAACACAAACAUUCCCUACCCGAACGGUUGUCGUUGAGCAGACUCACAUAGUACGAACCCAGGCAGUGGCCGACGGGCACCAAGACGGCCCAGUCGAGUCGGAGUCCGAAUCCUCGGCCGAGACGGAGGUUUACACAGGCCCCGAUGAGGUCCAGACUAAGAUCUCCACCACCACAACUGUGACAGAGAAAUACUCGUACACUGAGAAGCAUGCCCCUGUGCGGAUUGAGGUUGACGAGGUUCCCGAUCGCAAAUCUGACCCGGACAUCGAUGAGUACAUGGUGGUGACGUCGCAGCCAGAUGAGAUUGUAGAAGUCACGAAGACAGCCGAGGAGGAAGGCAUCAAUCCCCAUUAUGAAGCGGGUCCAGACUCUGUCUCAGAAGAGAUUAUCACCACCGACAAAGUGCCAGAGGUGGAAGGCAUCAACCCUCACUAUGAGAUGGAGCCAGAUUCUGUUGAGGAGCCCCCAAUCUCCACCACAUCCGAGUCCACCGUCCAGGGCAUCAACCCGGACCUGAUCUGUGAGCCCGAGCCCCUUGACGACUCAGCCCGGAUCUGUGGGCCCGAUGUGACCGACACCAAGUACAGCAUCAACCAUGGUGCCCAGGCGUUCGACGAAAGCCCCAUCUCCCCUCCGGGGCAGGAGGUUGGGGUCAUCUCCACCUACACCACGUCGUUCCACCAGGUCACGGUGCGCACCGGCCUGGAGUCAAGCCCCGAGACAGACCGCUCAGAAUCUGACUUCCCCCACGGCCCUGCGUCUGAGGUCACUAUCGCUGAGUCUGCCACACAACCUAGGCGACAGCCCAGUACACCCCUAGAAAGUUACGCAGAGUCUUUAGCAGCACAGUUACUUCACGAUGUAAAAGAGGAAUUACAGCAGCCCGAGCAGAAGCCCAAGGAGAAAUUGGUUGAACAGGUAGAGGCCAAAACCAGACGUGGAGGAGAGAGUGUGCCUGAAGCCCCCCAAGAACGAGAGGAACCAUCAGUGGAACCAGCUCUGUCAAGUGAGCCGGAAGUGGCUGUCUAUGGCACCACUGUAUUCCGAGAGGAAAGAAUAACCACAACCAAGGUAACCAAAACGAUGAGAACAACAGACGGAGGGAUUUCUGUGCCCGAUGUGGCAGAGGUGACUACUUCUGUGGUUUUUCAAAGUAAGGAUGCUCCUGUGGAGCCUGUUGAAGUUUCCCCUGAAGAAAAAGAAGGGAAUGUCCAAGAAGAGGCUCUUGUUGCGGAGAAGGUGGCACUGGAAGAAGCAGAGAAAAAGGUGGUAGUUGUAGAGGAAGAAGCUGAGAAACCACCCGAAGAACCCUCUGAGGACAUUGUUGAAGAAAUUCCAGAAGAACUCCGAGACGUCAAGGAGGAAAGAGUAAAGCAACCGGAUGUUACCAAAGAGCCUGAAGUCAAACCAGAAGAAGAUGUGCGCAUUGAAGAAAUUCCGGAUGACAUUCCUGCAAAACGAGUGGCAGAAACGGAAGGACCACCACAGACAGAAGCUGAUGUCCUGGUGCAGACAACUAUACACAAAACCGAGACAGUUGUUCACAGAGAAGUCAUUCACAUUACCUCCACAGCAGAGGAGGAGCCUGAAGAAAUCCAAGAAGAUCGGAGUCCUGAGCCACAAGCAGAUGUGGAAGUGGAGGAAGAUAAAGUUGAAGCUGCAGUAGUAGAAGUCACCCCAGAGGUGCCACUGGAAGAAGAGGAAACAGAAAAGGAUGACACAACAGUUGAAGAGGAGCAAGAGCUUCAGGAAGAACCAGUGUUGGAAGAGGAAGGUAUUGAGGAAGAGGCUGCACCAGAAGAAGAGGUUGCCCCACAAGUUCUACCAGCAGAGGAAAUUACACCAGAGGAAACAUACACGGAACUAGACCAAGAACCUCUAAAAGAGAUAGUCAUGGAAGAGGAAAGAAUUGAGGAAAUGGCUGCACUUGAAGAAGUUUCCCGAAAAGCUGUCUCUGAAGAGGAAAUUGCACCAGAGGCAGCCUUUGGGGAGCCUGAGGAACAGCGCCGAGAAGAGGAAGUUGUGGGAGAGCAAGGAUUUGAGGAAGAGACUGGACCUGGAGAAGUUGCCCCUGAUGUUGCUCUUGAGGAAGAGGAAGCUGCACCAGAGGAAAUAUAUGAGGAACCUGAGAAAGAACUCAAAGAAGAGGGAGUUGUGGAAGAGGAAGCACUUAAGGAAGAGGUUGCCCCUGAAGAAGAGAUUGUCCCAGAAGUUCUCUCUGAGAGAAAGGUAACAGAACCAGAGGAGAUCGAUCAAGAACCACAAGAAGUGAGCAUGGAAGAGAAACAUGCAGAAGCUGUGGUUCCUGUAGAUGUUGCUCAACACAUUCCAGAGGAGGAUAAGAUGCAAGUCCAUACAGAAACUCACAUCAGUGUCCAGCAAACCAUCGUCAAGUCUACUGUCACCUAUUUUCAUGAAGAGGCAAGAACAAGUGAUGAAGAGGCACCUGGAGCAGCAGCACUUCCAGUAAAAGAAGAUAUAAAAAACGAAGAGGAAGUUCUUACAGAAUUGGAACCAGCAGUUGAAGCAGAGGAAGGAAUUGAGGAAAAGGCAACUGAAAUAUGUCUUCAAGGAGCGGAAGUAAAGAGAGAAGAGGAAAUUGUCCAGGAGAUAACUUAUGAGGAGCCAGAGCCAGUUCAAGAGGAAGUUAUCAUGGAAAAGGAAAAAAUAGAGGAAAAAUCUGCACCAGAAGUAGAAGCUGUGCCAGAAGAUGUUUGGGAAUACAAGAAAACCGCACCCCAGGAGCCUGAGGAAGAACCUGAAGAGGUUGCAGCUGCAGAGGAAGAAGUUAAAGAAGCUGCUGUGGAAGAAGUUGUUCCAGUUGCACCAAAGGACACUUUCCAGGAGCCUGAGCAACAACCUGAUGAAGUUGUAGUAGCAGAGGAGAUGAUUGGGGAAGAAGUUGCUCCAGAAGUUAUGUUGAAAGAAGAGGAAACUGCACCAGAAGAGCAAGAACAAGAGCCACAAGAAGAGAUAGUUGUGAAAGAAGAAAUAGCCGAAGAAGCCGCUCCUGAACAGGAAGUUGUCCCAGAAAUACCUUCCGAUCAGGAAAUACAAGAAAAAGAGGGAACUGAAGUAGAGGAAUACCAUAAGGAGCCAGAUCGAGAACUGGAAGAUGUGGAAGAGAAAAUGGAGGUUCAUACAGAAACUCAUAUCAGUGCCCAUCAAACAAUUGUACAGUCAUCUUUUGUCUAUGGUCUUCAUGAGGAGGCCAGGACAACUGAAAAAGAGCCAUCCGAAGAGGCCAUGCUUCCAGAUAAAGCGGAUGUACAAAAAGAAGAGGAGCCACCGCAAGAGCUAGAAGCAAUUGUAAGAGAGGAAAGAAUUGAGGAAGAAGCUGCACCAGAAGUAGAAGUUGCCCCAGAAAUUCUGCUUGAAAAGGACAUGGCACCAGAGAAACCGCCUGAGGAACCUGAGCAAGAACCUGAAGAAGAGGCAGUUGCGGAAGAAGAAAGAAUUGAGGAAGAACCAGUGCCAGAGGCAGAAUAUGAAGAAGCAGAACAAGAACCAGAAGAAGAGUUCAUUUUGAAAGAGGAAAGAGUUGAGGAAGAAGCUGCACCAGAAGUAGAGGUUACCCCAGAAUGUUUACUUGAAGAAAAACUGUCAUCUAAAGAAACCUUAGGGGAGCCUGAGCAGGAACCUCAAAAAGAGGUUGAGGAAGAAAGAAGUGAGGAAGAUGUUGCCCCUGAAGAGAUUGUACCAGAUGUUGUUCCCCAAGAAGAGGAAAUUGCACAAGAGAGACUCAGCGAGGGACCUGGACCAGAACUUCAUGAAGAAUUGGUGGUAGAAGAGGGAAGAAUUGAGGAAGAGGCUGCACCGGCAGUGGAAGAAUAUCCAGAGAGAGAUGUUGGGGAACCUCAAAAGCUGGAACAUGUUGAACUUGCAAGAAAAGAACCUAUGGAACCAAAACAAGUGUUGUUCAGCACCCAUGAAACUAUCCACACAGAAAAGCGUACUUUUGUGCAACAAACUAUUGUUCAGACCACUGUAUCGGAGGUUCAUGGAGAGCGCGAACAGCAUUUCCUUCCGGAAGAACCUGUUGAGAUCAUGGGAAAAGAAUCAGAUCAGGAGGAAGUUCUAGAGGACGUGCAAGAUCAAGAAGUUGUGAAAGUGGAAUACGAACAAGACACUGCAUUGGCGGAGGGUCAAGAAGACAUUCCAGAUUCCCUGGAAGAGCAGAUUGAGGACCAACAAGAACCAGAGCUGACCCCUGAGGCUGUCGCUGAAGCUGAAGUGGGCAUUGCUAGGGAAAUCAGAGUAGUUGAGGAGAGUGUUUCUGUUCAUCGACUAGUUGAGCACAUUGAAGCAAAGGAGCAAGAAUCAGAGCAACCUUCCGUGCAAUACCAGGAAGACGUCAGGCUAGAGACCAUGGAGGAUGAAGAACAGGAGACAGAACAAGAAAGGGAAAUGGAGCCCCUAGAAAAGGAAGAAGAGGAGGAACUAGAAGAAAUAGCUAUGGGUGUUGAAGAGGCAGAGGUACUGGCUGAAGAACCUGCAGAAGACGUUGUGGAGGAAAUUUUAGAGGAGCCCAAAGAAGAAGAAGUUGAGGAAGGGGAAAAGGCAACUGAACCUGUCACUGAGGAGGUAGUCAUGGAAACCCAGAAACACAUUGAAAGUGAGGCUGUGUUUAGAUAUGAUGUUGAUCAGGAAGUUGCUAAGGAGAAGCCAUCAGUUGAAGAGGAGACUGAUGAAGUUCUUGAUGACAUUCCAAGGUCACCAUUUCCACAGCUGGAGGAAUCAGAAGAAGAAAGGAAAUCUGAACCCAUUUUGGAAGAUGAGUAUCACCUGGAGGUCGAUGAGGAAUACUCGGCUGAUGCAGGUAUAUCAGAGGAUGCUGACAUUGAAGAUAACUUGAUAGAUGAGAAGCAGGAGGAACAUGAAAAACCUCACAUCCCAGAGAUACUCGAUAUCACUGAAACCUACUCAAGUCAGAGUUACACACAUCUACGAGAAGAGCAUGUAGCAAUCAUAGAAUCUCCAGCUUACACCCCAGAGAAGACACCAAGAGGUGAUGACAGUGACAAAGAAGAUGGCAGACACAGUCCAGAGAUUGAAACAGAAGACCGCAGAUCUAGCUUGGAGGUCAUCCAAAUUGAGGAAAAGUAUUUGGUGGAAACACCAUCUGGAGAACCCUCCUUCAGAGAUGAUGUGGAGAAACUUGGAAUUGAGCAUGAAAUCAUCAAAGAAACUGAGACUGUCGAGCAUACAUAUGUAGCUCCUCCAGUAGAUCUGUCACUGAGAGAAGAACAGGCUGGGCUAGAAGAGGAAGCUGUCUUACCACCAACCCCAGAAAUAACCCCCAUCCCAGACUCGCCGAUCGAGUCUGAUGGAGAAUUGAAGGAAGCAGUGUACACCCAGCAAGAAGAGCAGAUCUUAGAAGUUCCACAAGAUCUUGAUCUCCAGCAGCAGACUGAGCAGUAUGACACCCUUCAGACCCCAGAAAUUCAAGAACUGCCAGACACGCCUGAAUCCCUUCCAGAGCCAGCUCCUCAUUAUGAAGAGGACUACCAAGAGGACUUCAAAGAGGAGCUCCAAGAAGAACCUGUCACUGAAGAUCAAGAGCGAAGAGAAGAUGAAGCCAUGGAAGAAGAGGUUCAGUUGGUUGAUGGGCCAACAGAGCAGGCUUACUACGAUCCAAAUCUGCUUGUCCAACCUGCAGCUGAAGGAAUACAAGAACCCCUUGAAGAACAGGAAGACAAGUCAGAGACUCUUGACCAGCAGCAGCAAGAAACACCAGAGCUAGUAGAAGAACAAAGAGAAGAGGAUGAACAAGCACGAGAGCAGGAGCCAAAACCAGAAGAGGAGCAAACCAUUGAAGAAGAGCCAAAGGAGGACCUUCAGCCACUUACACCUCUGCCAUCCCCUGAAGAUGAGGCACAAGCCCUAGCUCAGGAAAGUGAGAGGUUGGAAAGCAGUGAUAUUCAGGCUCGCCUUGAGGAAGAAAUCCAAGAGGACCGUCUCUUAGAAGCAACAACUAUUCAGGAGUCUUUUUACUCACAGACCAUUGUGACAACUGAAGAGUCUGCUUUUAUCCUCGGAGAGCCAGCUGUUGAAACAGCUGAUUCCAUAACUCUCCCUGGAGUACCAGAACCUGUUACAGAAUCCGAGGGCCAACUUCCAUCCCCAGGGGAUGAGGAAGAUUCCCACAAGCCACCGCCACACAAGCUGGCCCCUCCUCCUGGACAGGAGGUCGAGGGAAAGGAUGACGAGGUUGACAGCCCCACCAAACCGGUGGCAGUCGGAGUUGUCGGAUCCGUUGCCGUGGCUAGCUUUGAAGAGCCCCGAUUGCAAGAUCGUGCACCUUCAGAAGAUUCUGAGAUUGAGGAUGAUCUGGAGGAGAAACCUUGUGAAGAGGAUGAGGGGAUGUAUGAAGAAGAAAGUGCCAGAGAUGAGGCCCUUGCUUCAGACGAAGGUGAUGUGGACAAGGAUGUGGUUGAAGGAGAUGCUGAAGUUGAGAUGCCAGAACCUCAAGAUGAGGAAGAAAUGGAAGCAGAGAAGCAUACAGAUGCGCAAGAGUUUGCAGAGGAGGAAGAAGUUGAGGGUGAAACAGAAGCCAUGCAAGAGCUUCAAGAUGAAACAUCUCAGGAGCGAGAGGUGGAGGAGCUGGAAGAAUGCCCUCUAAAUGAGGAGCCAAUGGAGGAAGAGCCUAUCCAGGAAGAGGCAGAAAUUGCACCUCCAGAUACCAUGGAGCAGGAACCUGUAAGUGGCUUCACUGAAUCCUCUGAGGUCACGACUCGCACUGUUUAUGCCGAGGUACACCACGAGAGGGUUGUGGUAGCCAGCUCUCAGGCCUUUGUGGAAUCCACCCCCGAGGAACAGGACCAAUUGGAGAUCCAGCUGUCUUCAAGCUUGCACACAGAGCCGCCAGUUGAUGAGCAGUUUGAUGCAGCUGACAGACCAGAUGUGCCAGAGGACAAGCCCAGGGCCACACAAGAGGACAUUGAGGCGCUGGCCAUAGCCCUCAACGAAUUCACCAUGCCUACAUUUGAAGAUGAAGAAGCGCCCAAAACCUACGAGCAAGCUGAGGGAGAUGUCGGGGAGGAAGAACCUAUCGAGGGACAGGAUGUGAGCACAGAAGAAUCGGCCCCACCCCGGAGACGCCCCGAGGAGGUGGGGCCCAGCUUCCUGACCUCAGAUGAUGAGAAGGAGAUUCAGGAGUUGUGGGAUCGGACACAGGAAUUGCCUGAGAAUGCCACAUUAGAGUUUACAACAAUGGCAGAGGCUGCCCCCGUGGUCGAAUCGUCGGCCCCAGUCGUGGAGUUAGCCCCAGACUCGGACCGGUAUGAAGGUGACUCAUCGCCUGAGGAGCGUCAGUUCUCCGAGAGCCCCCUGAGCAGUACCUCAGAGGACAGACAAGCAGGCCCUCCAGAGCCCAAAACUCCUGAUAUAACUGACAUGGACGAAUGCCCAUUUUCUCUGAAAGAGAACCUACCAAAGAUAUCCACAGAGCCUACAGUUGAGUUCCCUCCCGAAGUCCAGGAACCGGGCGAGGCAAACGGAGACCAGCCAGUCCAGUACAGCGAGCAGCCAGAGCAAGAGCAGCUGCCCAGUGACUCGGCCGUGGCCAAGCCUGUGGUUUCAGAUCCCAACGAGGACGUGCAAGAGAUCGUGGAGGAGUUCGAGGAGGAGCUGCCGGACGGCACCAUCCGGAAGGUGACACGGAAGAGGAUCAUCCGCCGGGUGAUGCAGACAGUGGAGGUGGACCCCAACGACCCCAACUUUGUCAUGCCGCAAGGGGAGCCCGAUGAGGACGGUGUCCACAGGAUCACAGUCCACAAGAAGACCAGCCGCAAGACGGUCAUCCGCGACGGCGAGGAGGUGGAUGUGACGGAGGACGUGGAGACCAACAUCCAGGAGGAUGGAGAGGAAGUAGAGCGUAGCGAGCUGAGAGAGGACCUGCAGCGGAUGGUGGACCAAUUCCUGUCUGAGGACGCCAAAGCAGCGGCCGAGGUCACAGAGGUCAAGGAGGAUCCAGAGGAGUCGGAAAUCUAAAAGACAAAGACAAAAUAUAUCUCGUCCGCCAAAAAUAGCAUUUUCCAAUACCAUGCAACAACCUGGCGGAAACCAGAUGGCCCACUUCAGUUGAUUAAAAUAAUUGGGACUUUAUUUACUGACAAAAAGAUGGACUGUAAAUUGAAAAAGAGUGUCUCUCUUGUUAACCUUUAAGCGUUUCUUCUAGCUUCCCUUCUUUUUUAAAUUUUGUGGUAUGGGUUUAGAUUCUGAGGAUAUAUCGCUACGGAUUGAUAGAAGAGACAGUCGAUGUCGUCUCUCUGUUUUCUUUCUUUAUUUCACUGUUACUUCUUGGGAUUUCGAGGCAGUUUUGUUGGACGUAGAUUUGUGUCAAAUAUUAAACAUCUGUCAAGCACUGCAAACAGUGUAGCAACAGCCGUUAUGUCAGCGCAUUUGCUGGUGUACAACAUGUAGUUUACGCACCUGCAGCAAAGCAAAAAAGAAAUUGAAUUGUUAAAGACUGAUGAAAUACGAAGAGACUGAAGAUGGUCAAUAUGUGUUUGUGAUUUGCCAGUUGAGCAGCGUUGUCAUCAACUCGCUUCAGUAAUACUGUAAAACUUGUACAAAAAUUUCAUGUUAAAAAACAAAACAAACUUGGAUGUUAACCGAAAUUUUGGAUUGUGGAGACUGGCUCACUGCAGCCUUCAUUUGAACUAUGUUGUGAUUAAGUCUUGGUAACGCUUGUAAGGUUAUGCUACUGUUUAUUGUAUUGUUAAAUUGAUAUGGUAAUCAGUCGUCUUUGUCUCUCUGUCAUUGUCCUUGCAACCUAUAGCCAUCGUUCACAGUUAUAAUGAUAUUAUGAUCAUAAUGCAAGUUUUGGGCAAGUCCAGCUUGUCCUUAAUUCUGUGUCUGCUUUGAUUACAAAUGGUUUGAAAAUCGAGUUCAACUGGACGUGAUCUUUGUGAAAAUGUUGGAAAGGACUGCCAGUGUUUUACCGACUUACCCCAUUUUCAAGGCAUGAUUUGUACUUUUUUGUAUGCUGAAAAUGUUGAUGUCUUAAUCCCGGGGGUAAGAAUGUUUUCUAAAUAAAAAGAAUUUAACAAAGUUCGUUUACCUGAUAGAGUCGAAGGAUAGGACAAUUUCAUGUCAGAGUAGAACACUUUCUUGCGGUUUAAUUUUUGUUCAUUAUUUGAAUGACUUGGAAUGUUCCAUUCAGUUUGGAUGUGGUUUCCCCUGUAUCAUUUUGAUGGUCUUUAAGUAGAUAUUUCGCGAUAAUAAAUUGUACUUUUUUCGAUAGGGAUACAAGUUGUAGAUAUUUAGUUGCAGUCGUAUGAAUACAUUUCCUUCUGAGUGCUGAGUUCGUGGAAUUUGAUGAAUUAAAAGAGACGUUAAAAAAAUGUUUCUGAUGCGCUCGUUCUGAAACACAAAUUCUUGUAAAUUUCUUUUAUUUUCCGUUUUAAGUUCAACCAUGUAGUUGGUCGUUUGAUUUUCUAUAAAUUUUUGCGGUUCUUUGGUUGAUACUGUUGAAGUUUUACUGAAUGGGUCGUACCAAACACAGUGUAAUGCUUGCAGAUUUUGUUUGUGCCAAGUUAGUAAAAAAAAAAAGAAGCCCCUUGAAGGUAAUUGAUCUUGUUGAGGAAAAAAACAAAUGGUGUAAAAUUAAUUGGUGUAAAAGGAGUUCUCAUGAUCAGGGUUAGUAGUGAUAGAGGGUGGCUUGUGUAGGUGUACAUUCAGGAGUGUUUGUGCAAAAAAAAUUAAAAUAACACUUGUAGCACUAGGAUUGUGUUGUGCGUGCCACACCGUCUUCAUAGCAUUAUGCCUAUAUGCAGUUAUUGUGCUAGAUGCAAUAUGUUCAGCCGUGAUGCUUCACUGGCGAGCAGCUUGAAAAUACAUCUGUGUUCCAGUAGCGGAUCAUUUUUGGGUUCUCUGUUUUGUUUUUUUCUGUCAACUUGAAAAAAGAAAAAAAAAAUUCCAAACUUGUUUCUCUGAUGCAUAAAUCUUCUAGCAAAACGUUUAAAAGCAUGUCAAAAUAGUAGUUACUCUUAUCAAGUUUAAAAAGUGAUAGCAAUUGUUACAAAAAUAUAUCGACUAUGAAAGUAUAUUUCCGCGUAUCGAGGCAGUACUUGUGAGAAAAUUGUGUCCUUUCUUUUUACCUGAAGCAGAAGAUUCUUAUGAUUGGCUAAAGCAUUUCAAAGAUAAAGUAAACUGUAGUGUGUACUUGUAAUGCCCAUUAUGUCAACUAUAAAGGGGACGGGGUAGAUUUUCCAGAAACUGAACAGCAAGUGUAGGAGAUAGGUAUUGUAGUGCUCUUACCCUUAGCUCCAGAGUGAAACCAUUGGAAAAGAACAUUUUAAAAGCUUUUUGGAUAUGCCCUCGAAAGGACAUUGGCUUCUAUUGUAAACAGUUAUUAAAUGUACGGAAGUGAAGCUUAAAUAAAUCGGGGACUUGAAAUAGAUUAUUGAAAUUCUUGUAAAGAUUGUAAGGGGAACUGUAAAAAACAAAAAUAGUGUACGCUGUAAGGACAAUAGUCUUGUUACUGUAGUCAAUAAACUGGCAUUGUAGAUGUAGCGCAUUCGCUCUUUUGACGAGUCAAGCGAAAUUAAAAGAAUGAAUACAAAUGUUCUGCAGUCUCUUGAAACAGUCAGGGUCCAUAUGAACAUGUCAUUAAUCAUGGUAGCUGGUAGGUCCAAUAAAACUCUGGGUUUGAUUACGUGUCCAAUAUUAUGCAUCAUUUGUGCCAUGUUCUCUGUCCUUGUUGAGAUUGUAGCAAUCAAAAUAAAAAAUUCCACGUUGACUCA